AUGUCUGAGAAAGAGCUGGGGAAAAAGUGGGACCGAUGCCUCGCGGAUGGUGUCAUCAAGCUUGGCACAGGUCUGGGUUUGGGAAUUGUGUUUUCUGUCAUCUUCUUCAAAAGGCACACAUGGCCCAUUACGUUAGGCUCAGGAAUGGGCCUUGGCAUGGCAUAUGCCAAUUGUCAGAAUGACUUGAGGUUACAUUACUUGCUGCCUAAAAAGCUCAAUGCUUUGACACACUCCUUCUCAGAGUCUGUGAGCCUUGGCGGGGAGGCGCGCUGGAGUGGCCGACACGGGGAUUAA